GCGGCCUUCUUAAGUUCGGAUUUCGGGCAACUUGAAGAACGCUGGGUGUUGACUUGACACGAUCGCGAGCGUGGGGCAGACAAAGAUUGGAUCUACGACCGAGCGAUGAGCAGCGCCGCCGAAGUGUUUACGAUCAUGGCCGCGGCCGUCGCCGACGCCGGCGAGGCCCUCGUCAAGAAGGUCAAUGGCAGCAUCAAGUUUGACGUCAAGGGCGCGGGCAUGUGGCUCAUCAACCUCAAGGCGGCGCCGGGUGCGGUGACGGCGUCCAACGCCGGCGAGAAGGCCGAUCUCACCAUCACCAUCAGCGAGCCCGAUUUUGUGGACCUCAUCAACGAGAAGCUCAACCCGCAAGCUGCUUUCAUGAAGGGCAAGAUCAAGGUCAAGGGCAACAUGGGCCUUGCCAUGAAGCUCUCGGCGGUCACGAACGCGACCAAGGCGUAUUUGGCCAAGCAGAAGAAAGCGCCCGCAGCGGCGGCGCCGGCGGCAGCUGCGCCGGCGGCGACCAGUGGCUUGAAGUCGGCGGCGCUCUUUGUGGGCAUUGGCGAAGCGGUCAAGACGCAGGGCCCGGCGCUCGUUGCCAAGGUCAAGGGCACCAUCCAGUUCAACAUUGCGCCGGGUGGCGCGUGGUUCCUCGACCUCAAGAACGGCAACGGGUCGCUCGAAACCGGCUCCAAGCCAGCGGACUUGACCAUCAACGUCUCGGACGAAGACUUUAUGGCGAUCGCGGACGGCAAGCUCAACGCGCAGCAGGCCUUUAUGAAGGGCAAGCUCAAGGUCAAGGGCAACAUGGGCCUUGCCAUGAAGCUCAACAUCGUCAUCGACGCAGCCAAGCCCAAGGCCAAGCUCUAAACGUGUUGUCAAUGAAUAAACCAUUUUGCGUUGCUUC